AUGCGUCCCGGGCGACGACAGCAAAGAUGGUGGCGAUAUGUAGAUGAUAUCUUUGCUGUCGUCGCCCGGGACGCAUUGAAGGACCUGACGUCACACCUAAAUCGGGUGCACGCGAAGAUAGAGGUCACCAUAGAGGAGGAAAAAGAAGGAAAGUUACCGUUCCUGGACGUACUGGUCAUCCGAGAGCCGAACGGACGGGUGACUCAUACCGUAUACCGGAAGCCAACGCACACAGACCGGUACCUACGAGCCGACUCCCAUCACCACCCCUCACACCUAUCUUCGGUGCCUCGUACGCUGCUGAACCGAGCACUCGCUCUCUGCGACCAUGAAUACGUCAAUGCGGAACUGAGCCCACCUUGCUACCACCUACCACUGGAGUACGCGAAGCUGGUGUCGGAGUGUUCUCGACUGCGGCGCGAUGAGAAUGGCGCUGGGGCCAAUGUCGUCUGGAUCCACAAACCCGUGGCGCAGAGCCAGGGGAGAGGAAUCUUUCUGUUUCAGAGUCUGUGCGAGAUGAACUGCGGGACGUCGGCGGUGGUGCAGCGCUACAUCGAGCGGCCUCUGCUGAUCGCCGGCUACAAGUUCGACCUGCGCCUCUAUGUGUGCGUGCCCGGCUACAGGCCGCUCACAGCAUACAUGUACGCUGAGGGCCUCGCUAGAUUCGGCACGGAUAAAUACACGCUCUCGGACAUCCACAACCCGUAUCGGCACCUGACCAACUCGUCGCUCAACAAAAGCGGCCCGAGAUACGCUGAAUGUAAGGACCGAAUCGGUAGUGGGUGUAAGUGGACGCUGACGCAAGUUCGUCGGGCUCUCAUUGGUCGUUGGGGUGCGGCUGAGUGGGUGGUGUGGCAGCGUAUUAGAGCGUUGGUGACGCUGACCCUGCUAGCCCAGGCAGCCGGGACCCCGCCGGCAAGGAACUGCUUCGAGUUCUAUGGCUUCGAUGUUUUAUUGGAUGAUUGUUUGAAGCCGUGGCUGCUGGAGGUGAAUCUCUCUCCAGCAUUGGCAUCAGACUGCGAAGCGGACGUGGUGGUUAAGCAGCCGAUGCUGCACGAACUAUUCGAUCUGUUGGGUCUGCCAAUGAAGCAUACUGGACUUGCCAAGUUACAAGCUCCUCCACCUCCUACGCCAAACCUCAACAGUUGUAGCUCUGAAGAUGAGAAUGGAUCGACGAAGUCAGGUCGCACCCGUACUGCACCCCGGCGUGGAGCACGCGUGCGCCGGCGCCGCGCGAUGCCCAUGCACUGCGUGACGCUGCAGGGUCCUGGCGCUCCGGAGAAGGCUGUGCCGUCCUCACAGUCUACAGCGGGCGCAGUCAACGGUUCAGCCGCUAACGCGCCACCAGACAAAACAAAUGAUUCUAUCGAAAAAGGCAAGGAGUUAAACAGCGGCCGGUACAAAAGCACAGAUACAAACAGUGAAGCUGAAGUUCAGUCGACCUCAAACGGUUCAAUUCCGGCUACGGAGACCGUGGAUGAGUCGUGGCGCGGAGGUUACUCCACGGCCGCGUCCCGCCGCCGCGUGAUGACGGCGUGCCACUGGGGCAACGGCGUCAAGUGGAACCAGGCCAUCGGCCGCGUGGGGCACUGGGUGCGCAUCUACCCGCACUCGCUGCCCAAGGAUGAUGAGUUGCCAGUUGAAGAUGUACGUGACAGCGUUGCUCAGGUAUCUAAGUUCGUACGAGCAGCUCGCGAAGUAAGUCGUGAAUGUGGCAAAGAUACGUCAGCCCCCCGCGACGCCGCUAGAGACGCGGUCUUCGAGGAAGCGCUACGCAAGAAGCUAGACUUCGGCCCCCACUUCCAAGUGUGGCUGCCCCCCUUCUGAUGUGUUCAUAUUAAACAUAAGCCAUAAAUGUUUUUAACUUUAAGGCCUAUUUAAUAAAUGCUUAUUAUAAUU